GGAUCAUCCAUUGUUAGUCUCUAUCAACUUUCACAGCUCCAUUGUUCAACAUGAUUGACCCUCGGCCUUACCACAUUCUGAGUUAUGGCACUCUCCUCGGUGUCCAGGUCUACCAGACUUUCGUCUCCGGAAUUGUAGCUUUUAGGGCCCUUCCACGACCUCAGUUUGCUUCAUUACAGACUGCUACAUUCCCCAUCUAUUUCUCUCUUCAAACCGCCCUUCCAGUGCUAGUUGCAUUGACAGCCAGCAACAAUGGACAGCCGCUCGGCAUCUCCGGACUUCUGGAAAGCCCCAAGACCUUGAUUCCCAUGGCCACGGCCGCCGUGACUGGCCUGGUUAAUAUGGUCGUGCUCCGCCCUCUUACUGUCAAUACCAUGCGUGAGAGAAAGCACCAGGAAGCUCGUGACGGCAAGAAGAGUUAUGAUGCCCCUCCUCACUCCAAGGAGAUGGUGGCACUUAAUAAGAAAUUUGGCCGCCUUCACGGUAUCUCCAGCUUAAUCAACAUGAUCUGUCUUGGUGUUACCAUCUACUAUGGUGCCGUGCUCGGCAAGCGACUGUCGUAAUGGACUGAUCCUUGCUCAGAUUGUAAUGAGCCGGCAACGCACAUUUCAGAAACUACCAUGGGUUGUUCUGGUGCCUUAUUGUAAAUAAAGUUACUUGGUCUCCUUGGUCUCGUAAGUGUCGGUGCUAUUAUCUCAAGUUGACAGCUCGUGCACAGAGAACGCCUAGCCUCAGUCUUUUAUUAGCACUUAACUCAUAUGGACCUUCUUUGCUCUCGCGGAA